CAUAUCUUCCGUGUUGGCAGUGAUACAAUGGCAAUGCAGGAACCUUCUGUCGUACUUCAAAACCAAUGCGAUGAAAGUUCAGAAAAUGACAAAAAUCAGUCUUGUGAUCACACCGAAUCAGUGCCAAUAUUGGAUAUUGAAGUAACGGACGAAACAUGUGUUGCUCCGAUUGAUCCAGGCUUCCUGCCAAACAAUGUGAUACUGGUAGUCGAAGAAAAAAAUCUUCAUGUAAACAAAGCCUUACUUGAAUCAGCUUCACCUGUUUUUGAAGCUUGGCUUAAGAAAGAGUGGCAACAAGACGAGUGCACUGACGACACAAAAAGGAAGCUGGAGUUCCAUGGGAAAACAUAUGAUGAGAUGGCCACAUUCCUAAAAUGUCUUCUGCCCUUUUUCCCUGACAAAGUUACAGAUGAAAAUCUGGAUACAAUACUACCUUUAGCAGAUGAGUAUCGGACAGAAAACUUGAUCACUGAAUGUGUUGAAGUCAUCCGACAACGCGUGGAGUCUGUCUCCGAGGCGGAUGUUUACAUACCGCCAUCUCGAAUUGUCACAUACCUACUCUGGAUCGACCAAUAUAAUAUCCACAUGGGUAAAGAAUGUGUUGUGAGGUUAGCUUCGUACCUGAAAACCUAAGAGCUAAAGGCAGUUGCAGACUACGAAAAUGUCAGCCUAAGACUUCAACUGGAUGUAUCUAAUGCCAGAGCCAAGCUACUUGAGAGUCUGUUUGUGUUCAGUGUAACAGAAGCUGAAA